AUGGAGGAGCAAGAUGUGAUUGAUCAAUCAUUUGGAGGUGUCAAUGAAUUGUCUAUGUCUCCACCUACCUUAUUUGAUGUGAUUGGAGAGCCACAAUCAAUUCCUUGUGCUGUUGAAAUGAUCCCAACACCUACACCACAAAUGAAUUCCACAAAAUGGAAGGAUUUGAUUAUUGGAGAAGGACAAAUAUUUCCAAAUGCCACUACUCUCCGGAAAACAUUAUACAAGUACAGCUUAUGCCAGAAGUUUUCGUACGUUUUCAUUAAGAAUAAUCAGCAAAAGAUCAUUGUGAAGUGCAAGGUUGAUGGUUGUCCAUGGUAUAUGGGUGCAUAUUCAAUGGGAGCACAUCAAGAUACUGAGUUUUUAACUAUCAGAACGUACAAAAGUGAACACAUUCAUCAUGCACAGGACAACUUAAUUGUACCUCACUCAGGAAGGUCAAAUUUAGCUGCUUCGAUUGUGAUUGAUGACUUGAGGUGCAAUGUUGACAAGAGUCCUAAUGAAAUCAGAAAGGACUUGUAUAAAGAAUAUGGAGUGCAAUUGAACUAUACUCAAGCAUAUAGGGUUAGGAAGAGAGCAGUAAUGGAAUUACAUGGUCGAGUAGAAGAUUCUUAUAAGGUAAUCCCUUGGAUGUGUGAGAGACUCAUGGAAACUGAUCCUGACACAGUUGCAAGAUGGGAAGGCUCAGAUAGCAACCGAUUUGAGAGGCUAUUCAUUGCAUAUGGAUGCUCAAUUAAAGGCUUUGUGGAAGGUUGCAGACCAAUUAUUUAUAUAGAUGGAUGUCAUUUGAGUGGUCCUUACAAAGGAACUUUAUUAUCAGCUUGUGCAUUUGAUGCAGACAAUGAGUUGUUUCCUUUAGCAUAUGGUAUUGUUAGCGGGGAAACAAAUGAUGAAUGGACUUGGUAUCUACAGAAUCUGAAAGAAAUAACCAGAUCAGCACAAGUGACAAUUGUCUCAGAUCGGAGUAAUGCUAUUAUCGGUGCUGUCAAGACAAUAUUUGAUGGUGAUAGACAUGCUUUUUGCUAUCGACAUGUGAAAGAAAAUUAUAGUGCGCAGUAUGUGAAAAUCAAUAGAGGUGUGAGACGGACCUCAGAAAAUAACAAGGAGAAUGCACUUAAUUUACUUGAUGGAAUUGCAUAUGCAAGGCAUGAUAAUGAGUUUAAUGUUGCAAUGGGAAAUUUAAGAUUGUUUUGUCCUCAAUUGGCACAAUGGGUUGAAUCUCAUGGGGAUGUGGAUAGAUGGGCGCAAAGUAAAUUUCCUUUUAAGAGAUGGGAUAACAUCACCAAUAAUCUUGCUGAGUCUUUUAAUGCAUGGAUGUUGAAAGAAAGGAAGCACGCCUUGCCGGUUUUGAUACAAGAGCAUCAAGAGAAGUUGGCCAAGAAGAUGGUUGCUAGCAAAAUGGGGAUGAAAAGCUGGAAAAAUGGUGUAGGACCCAAUAUUGAAUCAAAGUUGUCGGAACAAAUAGCAAGAGGUGCGUGUAUGGAGGCAACAUAUUAUGGUGAUGACCAUAUUUCGGUGCAGACAAUACGUGAGGGACGCAUCAUCUAUGUUGCUGUUGAUCUGAUUUCUCACAGAUGCACAUGUUUGGCAUGGCAAAUGAGUGGAAUACCUUGUCCACAUGCUUGUGCAGCAAUCAAACUAGUUCACCGUAGUGUGUAUGAUUAUGUAGAUGAUUGUUACAAAUUGUCCACACAGGAGAAAAUAUAUGCAAAUAGCAUGAGGCCAAUUGCAACACAUGAUUGCCCACAGCCUGAUGCACCUACUGUGAGUCAUAUGCUGACCCAAACAUUCUUGCAUCCACCGAUAACCAAAAGGCCUCCAGGAAGGCCAAGGAUUAAUAGGAUAGAAUCUCAGUUCCAAAAUAAGAAGGUUUAUCAUUGUGGAAGAUGCAAAGAGCCUGGACACACUGCCAAGACAUGCAAGAACCCAAAUCCCAGCUGA